AUGAGGUUGGGGAGCGGCAGAGUCGGCCUUUUCCGCCCGCUCCCCCCUCCCCCCGAGCGCCGCUCCGGCAGCACCGCGCUCGCUCUGAGCUCCGUGCUCCUAAGCUAGUGCAACCGUUGUCUCCCUCCAGUCGCCAUCAUGAUCAUCUACCGGGACCUCAUCAGCCAUGAUGAGAUGUUCUCCGACAUCUACAAGAUCCGGGAGGUCGCGGACGGGCUGUGUCUGGAGGUGGAGGGGAAGAUGGUCAGUAGGACAGAGGGUAACAUUGAUGACUCGCUCAUUGGUGGAAAUGCCUCCGCUGAAGGCCCUGAGGGCGAAGGUACCGAAAGCACAGUAGUCACUGGUGUGGAUAUUGUCAUGAACCAUCACUUGCAGGAAACCAGCUUCACAAAAGAAGCCUACAAGAAGUACAUCAAAGAUUACAUGAAGUCAAUCAAAGGGAAGCUUGAAGAACAGAGACCAGAAAGAGUAAAACCUUUUAUGACAGGGGCUGCAGAACAAAUCAAGCAUAUCCUUGCUAAUUUCAAAAACUAUCAGUUCUUUAUUGGUGAAAACAUGAAUCCAGAUGGCAUGGUUGCUCUGCUGGACUACCGCGAGGAUGGUGUGACCCCAUAUAUGAUUUUCUUUAAGGAUGGUCUAGAAAUGGAAAAAUGUUAACAAAUUUGGCUGUUUGGAUCUAUCACCUGCUCGUCAUAACUGGCUGGCUGCUGCUGUUCAUCCACACAACACCAGGACUUAGACAAAUGGGACUGAUGGCAUCUUGAGCUCUUCGUUUUGAUGUUGAUUUGUUUGGAGUGGAGGCAUUGAUUUGAGGAAAAAAAAAAAACAUGUCAUGUAGGUUGUCUAAAAAUAAAAUGCAUUUAAACUCAA